GGCGGCGGCGGCGGCGGCGGGAGCCGGCGGCGGAAGAUGCCGGGCAAGCUGAAGGUCAAGAUCGUGGCCGGGCGCCACUUGCCGGUGAUGGACCGCGCCAGCGACCUCACCGACGCCUUCGUGGAGGUAAAAUUUGGAAAUACAACAUUUAAGACCGAUGUGUAUCCAAAAUCACUUAAUCCUCAGUGGAAUUCUGAAUGGUUUAAAUUUGAAGUAGAUGAUGAAGAGCUGCAAGAUGAGCCUCUCCAGAUCACAGUUCUUGAUCAUGAUACCUACAGUGCUAAUGAUGCCAUUGGCAAAGUGUACAUAGAUAUUGAUCCUUUGCUGUACAGUGAAGCAGCUACAGUUAUUUCAGGAUGGUUUCCAAUUUAUGAUACCAUCCAUGGCAUACGUGGGGAGAUCAAUGUGGUGGUGAAAGUAGAUCUCUUCAAUGAUUUAAACAGAUUUAGGCAGUCAUCGUGUGGAGUCAAGUUUUUUUGCACUACAUCUAUUCCGAAGUGUUACAGAGCAGUAAUAAUUCAUGGGUUUGUGGAAGAACUUGUUGUUAAUGAAGACCCAGAAUACCAGUGGAUAGACCGCAUUCGCACACCGAGGGCAUCAAAUGAGGCUAGACAAAGACUCAUUUCACUAAUGUCAGGUGAACUGCAAAGGAAGAUUGGCUUGAAAGUGCUUGAAAUGAGAGGAAAUGCUGUUGUUGGUUAUUUGCAGUGUUUUGAUUUGGAGGGGGAAUCUGGACUGGUAGUACGAGCCAUAGGAACAGCCUGCACGUUGGAUAAAUUAAGUAACACAUCAGCAUUUUUACCUGCAUGUAACUCCCCAUCCAAAGAAAUGAAGGAGAUUCCCUUCAAUGAAGAUCCCAAUCCCAAUACUCAUUCAUCAGGACCCUCCACCCCUCUGAAAAACCAAACCUAUUCCUUUUCACCUUCCAAGUCCUACAGUCGACAGUCCUCUUCUUCUGACACAGAUUUGAGUUUGACACCUAAAACUGCACCUUCCCCACAGGGACCUAGGAUUUUCCUGUUUCCCAGCUCCCCUACACUCUCAUGUGAUUCCCCACAUCUUAAAAAGUCCUGUCUCCUCCUCUCGGGGUCUAGCCUUAGCCCUCUACACUCUAGCCAUGUCAGCCCAGUUGUUCUGAGGAAAAGUGUUUCUUUCACUGAAGAGCUGCUUCUGGCUGCUUCUGGAAUGGGCAGUGGGAGUGCUGGAAAAGAAGGGGGGCCAUUUAAAACUCUUUUAAGACAGCAGACUCAGUCAGCUUUGGAACAAAGGGGAGGAUCGCCUCAUAAGUUCUGUAGAAGGCGGGAAUUUCCAUUUUUUACCUUGACGGCCUUUCCACCAGGCUUCCUUGUCCAUGUUGGUGGUGUUGUCAGUGCACGUUCUGUGAAGCUCUUGGAUCGUAUUCACAAUCCUGCCUUUGUCGGAAUUAUGGGUAACACAAGAUCAUACAAACUGCUAGACUGGAAUAGUUUCAAUUCAGAUGAACCAGAGACACGAGAUGCAUGGUGGGCAGAAAUCAGACAAGAAAUAAAAUCCCAUGCCAAGGCAUUGGGUUGUCAUGCUGUAGUGGGCUACAGUGAAUCAACUAGCAUUUGUGAAGAGGUCUGUAUUUUGUCUGCGUCUGGCACAGCAGCUGUACUGAACCCUAGGUUUCUUCAGGAUGGCACCAUGGAAGGCUGUUUGGAACAAAGGUUGUCAUGGCAGCCUGGCUUCUUUUCCAUAGGGUCAGAGAAGGGAGAGGUUGAUUUUUUUCCUCAAAGCCAAGAUAGUUCUUCUCUAUUAGGGAUUGAAGAAGCUUCACCACCAGGUUGUGGAUUUUGCCAUAUCCCAUAUGAUGAAUUGAACAUGCCGUUCCCUGCUCACCUCACUUACUGUUAUAACUGUAGGAAGCAAAAAGUUCCUGAUGUCCUUUUCACCACAAUUGAUCUUCCUAUAGAGGCAGCAGUUAUUGGGAAGGGAUGUCUUAUUCAAGCCAGGUUAUGCCGUCUAAAGAAGAAAGCUCAAGCAGAAGCAAAUGCAACAUCUAUCAGUAAUCUCUUGCCAUUUAUGGAAUAUGAAGUGCACACUCAACUGAUGAAUAAACUUAAGCUGAGAGGAAUGAAUGCUCUGUUUGGGUUAAGAAUUCAAAUCACUGUGGGAGAAAAUAUGCUAAUGGGGUUGGCAUCUGCAACAGGUGUGUAUCUAGCAGCUUUGCCAACACCUGGUGGUAUUCAGAUCGCUGGGAAGACUCCAAAUGAUGGCAACUAUGAGCAGCAUAUAUCUCACAUGCAAAAGAAAAUAAAUGAUAUGAUAGCAAAAAACAAGGAGCUUUAUGAGAUUAACCCUCCAGAGCUACCUGAAGAAAUCAUUGGGUCUCCCAUACCAGAACCAAGACAACGUUCCAGGUUGUUAAGAUCUCAGUCAGAGAGCUCUGAUGAAGUUACAGAGCUAGAUCUUUCACAUGGGAAGAAGGAUGCUUUUGUCUUGGAGAUUGAUGAUACAGAUGCGGUGGAAGAUGUACAUUCUUUACUGACAGAUGCUCCACCACCUUCUGGUUUUUACAGUUGCAACACAGAAAUUAUGCCUGGUAUAAAUAACUGGACACCAGAAAUUCAAAUGUUCACAGCAGUAAGAGUAUCCAGAUUAAGCAACAUUAAUCUAACAAAUCAAACACUUAAUAAGAACUUCAAUGAUCUCUGUGAGAAUCUGCUGAAGAGCUUGUAUUUUAAACUGCGAUCUAUGGUUCCUUGCUGCCUUUGUCAUGUAAAUUUUACAGUUGCUCUACCAGAGGAUGAAAUAGUUCAGAUUGCAGUCACAGCUGUUGCAAUUACAUUUGACAAAAACCAAGCAUUACAAGCAAGUAAACCCCCUAUAGAAAAAUCACAGCAAAGAGCAUCAACAGACAACGAAGAACAGCUACAAUUUCCAUUGGAACUUAGCUCUGAUCCCCUUGCUUCUCAACCUUUCUCACCAGCUAAAGAACUCCUGGAGGGUGCAAGUUCCCACACAGGUAUUCCUGCUGCUCAGAGAGCAACGUCAAUUGAUUACAGUUCCUUUGCAGACAGAUGCAACAGCUGGAUAGAGCUCAUUAAACAGAAAGCUCAGACCAUAAGGCGCGGAUCAAUUAAGACAACUGCUUCAAUUGAUAAAGCAAGUCCAUUGGCUGAGGGAUACUUACGGCAUCGUUCUUUUCCAUCAUGUGCUAAUUCUACCGUCUCAGUUGUUAAGAUGACACCUCUUUCUUUUAUACCUGGAGCAAAAAUAACCAAAUAUCUGGGGAUAAUCAACAUGUUUUUUAUACGAGAAACCACUUCUUUACGUGAGGAGGGUGGUGUCAGUGGCUUUCUCCAUGCUUUUAUCGCCGAAGUGUUUGCAAUGGUGAGAGCACAUGUUGCAGCUUUAGGGGGCAAUGCAGUUGUCUCAUACAUAAUGAAGCAGUGUGUUUUCAUGGAGAAUCCAAACAAAAAUCAGGCCCAGUGCUUAAUAAAUGUAAGUGGAGAUGCAGUAGUCUUUGUACGUGAAUCUGAGUUAGAAAUGCUACCAGUGCAACCUUCUACAGUUGUUUCUCAACCUGCAUGUACUGGAGGAGACAUUACAACGUGAAGACAGGAAAAUUGAAAUGGUCUCUGUCAAAAAGGUUGUUUAAAAUAUGGGAAUGUUAGGUUUGCAUCUUGAGAAUCAGUAUCUCCCAUCAAAAUCAUUAGCCAAGAUCUAAGACAAUCACUGUAUUUUGUCCUUCAGGUUUAUGCAACAGCCAGGACAGCAUACUGGCAGGUAUGCUCUGAUGUUUUUUGUUUAAAUUACAGGACCUUUGAAACCUAUACAGAAAGAGAAGCACCCAUAGAAGACUAUGCAUUGAAAUAGUAGGCGUCACAUGAAAGUAAACAAAAAUUGUGUUGUAUUUUUCAGCUGUUCAACAGGACCAUGAUAAGUUAAAAUCCAGACCCAUCUCUGAGUUUGCUUAUUGUAUUAGCUGAUUCUCAGCUCAGCUUAAAGAAAAAAGGGGGUGGAGAGCAGAUGGGAGGUAACUGAGAGUCCUGUAUUAGCGACCUUUGCUGGAGAACCCAGAGAUACAGGCUAAUAAAAUGUGAAGCCUAAACUUGUUUUAGAUCUUACAGCGAGGAGAGGAAGAAGCACCACCAAAAAGUUACAGUUUGAAUUCCUGCACGCUAAAAAUAUUUUUCAACUGUUUGA